AUGUGUCUCAAUAUAAACGAGAUUUUCGUAGGAAGCUUAUUUACUUUAGAUCACAACCUGCUCUUCGACCUAUACCUGGUCAAUGCCAUAUUAAGGUCCGGCGCAAAUUUAUUUUUGAAGACGCUUAUUCAGAAAUUAUGCGGCAACAGCCACAAGAUCUUAAAAAACGAUUAAUGAUUAAAUUUGAGGAUGAAGACGAAUUAGAUUACAAUUACUUAUCCAAGUAA